AUGUCUCAGGCAACUCAUCAAGCUUUGGGAGAGAAAUAUGCAUGCGUCUAUAAUAUCUUAACCUAUCAGCAGUCCACACUCAAUCUGGCUAAACAAAUUAUUGUAAAAGAACAAUCCUCCGAGCAUGGGAAGCCCCGAAUUGAGAUUCCUCACUCGCUGCAAAGAUUUCCAUGCCUAAUUUCCGUAUUGCUACGGAGUACAUUACCUGAGUAUCAAUGGGACAAGCUCUCUAGGCUGCGUGACAAGCUCAAGCGCUGGACAAAUACCGAUAAGACUAGCGUGGUGACGGUGACGGUGGGCGGCAACGAUGUUGCCCUCGCAGAAAUUAUCACGCACUAUAUCCUGCUAUGCCAGCUCUGGUCAAUUACUCCCUCGGAUAACAACUUCUGUGCGCAUUAUAAGCAGGCCGCUCGGGAUCUCAUGACGGACACGAGUGACAAGGGCCUACAGGCCCAACUAUCGUACAUCUAUCGCGAUAUACUAGCACAGGCAGAUAUCUAUCAGACGAGCGUGCGGCAGGAGCUAAAUGAACUCGUUGAUGACAUAAAUCAACUCAUCCAGAGUGCGACCACGGAUGCCAAUAAUCGCCGCGGAUCCAUGGACAUCGCCUACGCGGACGUGGAUGUCCGCUUCGAGGGCCACCGUUUGUUGAAAACGGGGUGA